AUGGGCCGCCCACAGCUCCCGAUCUGGAAUGAAUUCGUGACGACGGUGCCUGCAGAUGCAGAUAAGCGCAGCCCUGAUGUCGCAUGUCUUCAUUGCCGAGCACUGGUGUGUAAUGCACGUCCUGCGAGUCUCUUGAGUCACGCCUCCCGCUGUUCGGAAAUGCCGGAUCAUAUUCGUCUUCGAGUAGGAAGGAGCGACCGUCCCCCAAAGACGAUGGUGUCGCCUUUGGGGCUGCAGAAUACAAAGACGGGACAGAUUAAUACUCAGAGUGAGAAUCAGAAUCAAAUUGAGGGUGAGGAGGAGGUCGAGAUGGAAAUGGAGAUGGAGACGACGUCGACGACGCCGCCGCCGCCAAUGCCAACGGAGCGUCGCCCUGUCUUGGGCAAACGCGCGCGGAUCGUUACGUCGACGACUGGACCCACUUCGGACACUUUAGAGCAAGUGCUCACGUCCAUUCGAGACGUGAUGGAUAAAUCACUUGAGGUCAAGCGCGAGGAGCUGCAGCUGAGAAAAGAAGAGCUUGAGUUUCAGAAGGAAGCACUGAGUGCCAAAUUGGAUGACCGCCGUCAAGCGAGAGAGGAAGAAAGGAGAGACAGACGAGAACAACGGGAAGCGGAUCGACAGGAGAGACUGGAGCUUGCAAGGAUCGAGAAUGAAAAGAACUUGGCGUUCUUGAAAGCAGUGAUGGAAUCAUCAGCGCAGCGACGGUGA